AUGAACACGGAGGAAACAGUGGUUAUGUACCAACCGCCACCCAACGCUGCCAACAAUGCACCUCAAAUCAACGUGAACGCUGUCCAACAGCAUGCCGUGGACAACUUCACCUGUCUGGGCAGCACCCUUUUCCACAGCGUCAAAAUCAAAGAUGAAGUAUCACAUCGUAUUUCCAUGGUCAGCCAAGCCUUCCGUCGUCUGAAGAACACCGUCUGUAAUCGUUACGAGCCCAACCUCAGCACCAAACUCAAGAUGCACAAUGCGACCAUCCUGCCGACAAUGUUUUAUAGAGCGGAGACCUAG